AGGUGGGUCAAGGCGAAGGACUUUACUUUAAGGAAGAAAAAAAAGUUCAUUAGCAGCAGGAGUCAACGUAGGCUGUUCAGCAAGAACAUCAAACUCGCAUUAUCCAUAAAGAACAGUUAUACUAAUUGGAUGCAUCGGGAUUUUAAAUAAUAAACUCUCCGGUUACGAUAAACCAAGAUCGAAGACAAUGGAUAAUGAUUUGGAGCAGGGAGAGGUGGUGGAGCAGGACAAGGUGAGGACCCUGCAGUCUCAGGUGGAGGGAGUGAAGGACAUCAUGACCCAGAACGUGGACCGGAUCCUGGCCCGGGGAGAGAGGCUGGACGACUUGAUGGGCAAGUCAGAGGACCUGCAGGCUGGGGCUGAGGACUUCAAGCACACGUCCCAGAAGGUGGCUCGCUCCUAUUGGUGGAAGAACAUGAAGCUGUGGGUGGUGAUCGUGGUCAUUGUCCUCGUCAUAAUCCUUAUCAUCGUACUGCUCAGCACUGGCGUCAUCCCAACCAGCUCCCCUGUUCCCCCACUUCCCAAACCUACUAAAAGAACAAACUAGUAAUGUUUUUCCACACUGUGUUUCAAUGUGUUUUAGCUGAGCUGGUUGCUAGAGAGGAUGUCAGUGGGUUUUUUUGUUUUGAAAGAUGGGGAAAACUUAGCUGCAAUGGUAUAGUGAAAGAAAGGGGGAAUUGAGAGAGGGAAUGGAGAGUCUGAAGAAGCAUGAGAGCCUUUUGACCUCUAUCCAUGACCUGAUACUCCAUCAUACACAAACUGCGGGAACUCAUGUCAUGACUUAAUGUGGGUUCUCAUGGUCCAUGUACUCAGGCCUUGGAAACUCUGGCUAACUCCAGACAACCUGUUGUGAGAGAGGUGGAAUUGAACAGCUAACAUCUCCCCUUGCUGGUCCAAAUGAGUGUCUCAAGCUCCUAGGACUACUGUCAGCCAUCUCAUAGCUUUGCAUAGUAGCUUUUGGGAGGCACACCUGUAUUCUUUAACUACUUGUGGGUUUUAACUCAUCUCACUGUCCACUCCAAUGCUACAAUACCAGCCAUGCUUUGGGGAGGUCAAGGAGUUAACUCCAAUGCUUGUAUAUAGUUAUCAUACCUGUAUAUACAUUUGUAAAGCACCCACAUGGGGCCCUAAAUAAUUCCAGUAGUAUAACAAUGAGGCUAUUUAUUGUUUUAUUUUUCUCAUCCCUACUGAACAUCUUUUCUUUUUUGUUUUUCAUAUGACUGUAUUAAUGUUGUUUUUAAUCAGCAAAACCAAUUAAAGAAAAUUAUAUGGACCCCCCCCCCCCAGAGUCCUAUCAGUAGAUAUGUGGUUUAGAGGUAUAAUUGUAUUUUAGACAAGUAGGAUGUAUUGGGAAUUUGGGCCAGUGUCAAUUGCUAUAGAAUUCUAUUUUGUUUUUCAUUCAUUGAUGGAGUUCAAUCAUGUUAUAUCUGAUUAGUUAUAGAAUAAAUAGCAUUUACUUCCG